CACUCUUUCGUAAGAGUCUGAGUUGGUACGUCGCGUGGAGUUAAGAAACUUUUUUUAAAAUCUUUUACGAGAAAUUUUGCUCUUUGAGCAUAAAAAAAAAUUAAAAAAACUAAAAAAAAACCUAAAAAAAACGAAAAAUAUUUAAAACUUUUAAAAAAAUAUUGAAGCGGAAUAGCUAAACCCUUUGCUGAGUUAGUUCUGUAAGGCUUAAUCAUAAAGGCAUAAUGAAUCCUAACGGUCCAAAUUAUCCGAUUGCCUCCUUAUAUGUUGGAGAUCUUCAUGCUGAUGUUACUGAAGCAAUGCUUUUCGAGAAAUUUAGCACUGCUGGUCCUGUUUUAUCUAUACGAGUAUGUCGAGAUCUAAUUACACGUCGCUCAUUAGGUUAUGCCUAUGUGAACUUCCAACAACCUGUUGAUGCGGAGCGAGCUCUCGAUACGAUGAAUUUUGAUACUGUCAAAGGCAGACCCAUUCGUAUUAUGUGGUCACAACGAGAUCCGUCACUGAGAAAAUCUGGAGUUGGAAAUGUAUUCAUAAAGAAUUUGGACAAGAGUAUUGAUAAUAAGGCCAUGUAUGACACCUUCUCUGCUUUUGGAAAUAUUCUGUCUUGCAAGGUGGCUACUGAUGAAGAGACCGGUUCCAAGGGUUAUGGAUUUGUUCACUUUGAAACCGAAGAAGCAGCUAACAAUGCCAUUCUUAAAGUCAAUGGUAUGCUUCUGAAUGGUAGGAAAGUGUUUGUUGGCAAGUUCAUUCCCCGUAAGGAACGCGAAAAGAUGUUGGGAGAAAAAGCCAGACGAUUCAUGAAUGUCUACAUCAAGAACUUUGGUGAUGACUUGGAUGAUGACAAAUUACGAGAGAUGUUCGAGAAAUAUGGCAAGAUUACUAGUGCAAAGGUUAUGAUGGAUGAUAUGGGCAAAUCUAAAGGAUUUGGCUUUGUGAGCUUUGAAGAUCCAGAAAAUGCAGAGAAGGCUUGUGAAGAUCUGAAUGGCAAAGAGCUUAAUGGAAAGACCCUGUAUGUUGGUCGAGCCCAGAAGAAAUCGGAGAGAGCCGCAGAGCUUAAACGUAGAUUUGAAAUGCUGAAGAUGGAACGCAUGAGCAGAUAUCAAGGAGUAAACUUGUACGUAAAAAAUCUGGAUGAUGCAAUCGAUGAUGAUAGGUUGAGAAAGGAAUUCUCACCAUUUGGAACAAUUACAAGUGCAAAGGUCAUGACCGAUAGUAAUGGCCGCUCCAGAGGGUUUGGCUUUGUCUGCUUCAGCUCUCCAGAAGAAGCAACUAAAGCAGUAACGGAAAUGAAUGGACGAAUUGUAGUUUCCAAACCUCUUUAUGUUGCCCUGGCACAGCGCAAAGAAGACCGUAAAGCCCACUUAGCCUCCCAGUAUAUGCAACGUAUGGCUGGCAUGAGAAUGCAGUUGGGACAGAUGUUCAACCCAGGAAGCGCAGGCUAUUUUGUACCUACCAUGCCACAAACCCAGCGAGGAUACUUCCCACAAAUGACGCAGAUGAGAGCCACACCACGCUGGCCACAAAAUCCACAAAUGAGACCUGGUGGACAACCAGCUGCUGCAUUCCAAGCUAUGCAGACCGCACCUUUCGCUAGAGCUGCAACUCGUCCAGCAGUUGCAGCUGCACAAAACCCGGGUAUGAGAGCAGGCAUGACUGCACGUCCUAUUACUGGACAGCAACCAACUGCUGCUGCUGCAGCUGCAUCUGGAAACAGAGUUCCUGCAAUGGGUCCCACAAGUGUCGGAGCAGCUAGGCCUGCUGGUAUUGCUGCAGCUAAUGUCCCACAGGGUCGACCAGCUGCUUACAAAUAUACGUCAAAUAUGCGAAAUCCACCUCAACCACAAGCGGUACAACAGUCUGUUACACAGCAAGCUGUGGCACAACCAGCAGUACAUAUCCAAGGACAGGAACCUCUGACUGCAUCUAUGUUGGCUGAUGCUAAUGCUCAAGAACAGAAACAAAUGCUGGGUGAACGUCUCUUCCCUGUGAUCCAUCGCUGGUAUCCCGAUAUGGCUGGCAAGAUUACUGGAAUGUUGCUCGAGAUUGACAACUCUGAGCUAUUGCACAUGUUGGAGCAUCACGAGUCUCUGAAGGCUAAGGUUGAAGAAGCUGUCGCUGUGCUUCAGGCUCACCAUGCAAAGGAGAGUCUUGCUGGAAAUAUGAAAAAAGAAGGCUAAAUGCAACUUCUUAAAAAAAUGGAAAAAAAAAUCUACAAAAAAAUAGAAAAAUAUAUAAAAUACAAACUUUAUAAAAAAUCCACGUGAGUACCAUUAUGGAAAAAAUGACAAAAAAAUGGAAAAACUUGAAAAAUAAAAAAUGGACCGGAAUAAACUUUUACUUGUUCAACAGCUUGCGUACUUUCCAUCUUCUGUCAAUUUUGUUUAAUGUCCAAGAAUUUUCCUUUCUUCUAUAUGUUAGGAAAAAUAUUUUUUUCUUUUAUUUUGGCAUCCAAGAUUUAAUUUAUUGUCUAUGUGAACUUCUGUAUGCUUAAUGUCUUCAUCAGUAUUUUAAUGACGUAAGACAAAACUCGAGUAGUUGGCCUUUCUUAAUUGUAUUUUGACUUCCGUAGCCAGAUUAUUAGUACAGAAUGGCCAAUUACUUGGUUUGUUUUAUUUUGCUUUUUCAAUGUAUAACUGUUUAAUCUGCAAUACCUAAAUUUACUUUAAAUUUCCAUUUAAGAUCUUGGUACGUGAAUAUGCUUAUUUUAGCUGCUUAAAUUUAAAGCUUUGUGAAUUCUUUUUAAGGCCCAAGGCAGGUAUUGCAGCUUUUUUUUUUGACAGCAAAAGUGGAAUAUCAGAACAAUGUUAUGUGUUGACUCUGUUACAGUAUACUUUGUUCUACAUUUUUCAUUUUUGUGAUGUGGAUUUUUUUUUGUAAUAGGUAUGGGAUAUUGUAUCCAGAUUUUUUUUCCCAUUAAAAGUUCUUAUUUAUUCAUUUUUUUCUCCUGGUUUAGGAUUUAUUUGUAUCAAAAUUUUGGUUCGUUUCAAAUAAAGUUUUUCAUUUAAAUUUA